CCGUCGCCGGUUGGCCCCACCCGGCCCUGAACGCCCAGGGGUCGCGUGCGUCCGCCCGGAGCAUACCAGCCGUCAACCAGAUCUUGGAAGAAAGCCUGGAGAGAUUCAAGUCACUGUUUUGGUUCAAAGCAGCUUUGAUCGCUUGCACUGUGGCUUAGGCCCUUUCAGCCCUAAUAAUUGCAGGGAAGAUAUCUGUCACAGUGCACUCUUUUCUGGAGAUUCGCUGCAUCCUUGGAGCCCCUGGUGGAAGAGGUUGACUAACCGGCUUGUCGGUUUCUCCUUCCUUGCUAGCAGUAGCCUGUGGAGACUGAGGCUAUGCAUCUCAGCAGCUCCAAGAGUGUAGUGCUGGCUCCAGUGUCCCGAGGUCCUGAUGCCUGUCAGAUGAUCACCAGAGCCCAGCUUGGCCAGGAUCCCCCACAAAGAACAGUACUAGGGGUGCUAACUGAGAAUGGGCAGUACAGGAGGACCUGUGGCCAGGGGAUCACAGCACUCAGGUGUUUCUCUGGGUCAGAAAAUGUCUUCCCUCCAGCUGGAAAGAAAGUGCUGUCUGACAGCGGGGUUCAGGUGCCAGCCAAGCAAGGAUUUGACAUGUACAUGGAUGAGCCUGAGCAAGGGGACAGAGACAGCUGCACAGGGCGAGAGGGGAUGGCAUUUGAGGAUGCCUAUGAAGUAGACACCAGCACACUCAAGUCAGACCUUCACUUCCUGCUGGAUUUUAACACAGUUUCCCCUAUGCUGGUAGAUUCAUCUCUCCACUCCCAGUCUGAAGAUGCAUCAGAUUUUGGUACAGAUGUGAUGAAUGUGACUGAAUAUGCUGAAGAAAUUCAUCAGUACCUUAGAGAAGCUGAACAGAUAAGACACAGGCCCAAAGUGCACUACAUGAGGAAACAACCAGACAUCACAGAAGGCAUGCGAACGAUUCUGGUGGACUGGCUGGUUGAGGUGGGAGAAGAAUAUAAGCUUCGGACAGAGACUCUCUACCUGGCCGUCAACUUCCUGGACAGGUUUCUUUCCUGCAUGUCUGUUCUGAGAGGGAAACUGCAGCUUGUAGGAACAGCAGCUCUUCUCCUGGCUUCGAAAUAUGAAGAAAUAUAUUCACCUGAAGUAGCUGAGUUUGUCUAUAUAACUGAUGAUACCUACACAAAACAACAACUGCUGAAAAUGGAACACCUGCUCCUGAAGGUCCUGGCUUUUGAUCUGACAGUGCCAACCACCAACCAGUUUCUCCUUCAGUACUUAAGGAGGCAAGGGGUGUGUGUCAGGACUGAGAACCUGGCCAAGUAUGUAGCAGAACUGAGUCUCCUUGAAGCUGACCCGUUCUUGAAAUACCUUCCUUCACUGAUCGCUGCAGCUGCUUAUUGCCUGGCAAACUAUACUGUGAACAGGCACUUCUGGCCAGAAACCCUUGCUACGUUUACAGGCUAUUCAUUAAGUGAAAUUGUGCCUUGCCUGAGUGAGCUGCACAAAGUGUGCUUGGGUAUACCCCAUCGACCUCAGCAAGCAAUUAGGGAGAAGUACAAGGCUUCAAAGUACAUGCAGGUGUCUCUCGUGGAACCACCCGCAGUCCUUCCUCUAUGAUAAGUUUCAGAACCGAAGCGCUUUCAGAACUUAAUCUCCAGAUCAACAGAAUUGGUCUUGAUUUUUAUAAGUUUCUGCAGGUUGGGUCAAACUAGU